AUGCCUGCCGUUCUUCUUGACCGGGCUUCCCACCCUCCUUCCUUCCGCAACGACCGAGACGGUCUCGCCUUUGAAGCCCUUUGCGACGAGAUUGAGCAGGCUGACAUUGUGGCCGAUCAAGCCGUCAAAAAGCAACAGCAGCAAGCAGAAGAGGACGAGGGCUCCAAAUUUGACGCCGACAAAGACAAGACACAGUUCCGCCAAUAUGAAACUGCUUGUGACCGGGUCAAGAACUUUUACCUGGAGCAGCACACCAAGCAGACAGUAGCAUACAACCUCAAGGCUCGACACAACUUCCACUCCAAGACCCGCGCCGAGAUGUCCAUUUGGGAGGCCAUGGAGCGCCUCAACACCCUCAUCGAUGAAUCUGAUCCCGACACCGAACUUGGACAGAUCGAACAUCUCCUCCAAUCUGCCGAAGCCAUGCGCCGUGAUGGGCGACCUCGCUGGAUGCAACUCACGGGUCUAAUCCACGACCUGGGCAAGCUCUUGUUCUUCUUCGAUGCUCAGGGGCAAUGGGACGUUGUUGGUGACACCUUCCCUGUUGGCUGUGCAUUUGACGACCGCAUCAUUUACGGUACCAAGUCCUUCAGCGCCAACCCAGAUUUCGACAAUCCGAUCUACAGCACCAAAGAAGGCAUUUACUCACCCGGCUGCGGGCUUGACAACGUCAUGCUCUCUUGGGGUCACGACGAGUAUCUAUACCAUGUCGUCAAAGAUCAAUCAACUCUCCCCGAUGAGGCGUUGGCAAUGAUCCGGUAUCACAGCUUCUACCCAUGGCAUCAAAAAGGCGCUUACAGAGAGUUCAUGAAUGAGAAGGACCAUGAGAUGCUCAAGGCUGUCAAGAGAUUCAACCCCUACGAUCUUUACAGCAAGAGUGAUGAGCGACCCAGUGUUGAGAAAUUGAAGCCGUACUAUCUGGAGUUGAUCGACGAAUUCUUCCCAAAGAAGGUCAUUAAGUGGUAG